GGUCACGUGAAAUAGAUUCCUGUUUUGGGCCUGGCAGCACGCACCUGAGACGGCAUAAACAAGGCAGGCGAUGGGACAGAUACGGACAUAAUCAAAACGACAAAAAGGAAGACCUUGCUGAGAGAAACUGCUACAGGGGGAGACAACAGUAUUUUGGGUGUCAGAAAAGGUACAUUCUGUAGCGAACAGGGCACCAGGGCGAUGUCGAGUACAGCCAUGAAGAAAAAGGUGUUGCUGAUGGGUAAGAGUGGGUCAGGGAAAACCAGCAUGAGGUCAAUUAUUUUUGCCAACUACAUUGCCCGGGAUACCCGUCGGCUUGGGGCUACAAUUGAUGUGGAGCACUCUCACGUGCGUUUUCUGGGCAACCUGGUGCUGAACUUGUGGGACUGUGGAGGGCAGGACACCUUCAUGGAGAAUUACUUCACGAGCCAGCGGGACAACAUCUUCCGCAACGUGGAGGUUCUGAUUUACGUGUUUGAUGUGGAGAGCCGCGAGCUGGAGAAGGACAUGCACUAUUACCAGUCCUGCCUGGAGGCCAUUCUGCAGAACUCCCCUGACGCCAAGGUCUUCUGUCUGGUGCACAAGAUGGACCUGGUGCAGGAGGACCAGAGGGAUCUGAUAUUUAAGGAGCGUGAGGAGGACCUGAAAAGACUCUCUCGCCCCCUGGCCUGCACCUGUUUCAGGACAUCCAUAUGGGAUGAGACUCUCUACAAGGCAUGGUCUAGCAUUGUGUACCAACUGAUCCCCAAUGUGCAACAACUGGAGACAAACCUGCGCAAUUUUGCCCAGAUCAUUGAGGCUGAUGAAGUGCUACUUUUUGAGAGAGCCACCUUCCUGGUGAUCUCUCACUACCAGUGUAAAGAGCAGCGUGAUGCCCACCGCUUCGAGAAGAUCAGCAACAUCAUCAAACAGUUCAAGUUGAGCUGCAGUAAGCUGGCCGCCUCUUUCCAGAGCAUGGAGGUGCGGAACUCCAACUUUGCGGCUUUCAUCGACGUCUUCACCUCCAACACAUACGUCAUGGUGAUCAUGUCGGACCCCUCCAUACCCUCGGCAGCCACGCUGAUCAACAUCCGCAACGCCAGGAAGCACUUCGAAAAGCUGGAGCGCGUGGACGGCCCCAAACACAGCCUGCACAUGCGCAUGCGCUAGAAGCCCCGCCACUCCAGCCAUCUGCACAGCUUUGGGUCGAGUCACUCAACCAAUCAGUUGCAAGGGAGCAGCUGUCGCAGCAUGGGUGGGCUUGCCCCGGAACUCUGCGAACCAGCAUGUGCCACUAUCUCACUCAAUCAUACUGUGUUUUCUACCAUGAUACUAAAAGGAAGUCCUCAAACCUACUUGUCUUUGGAAACAUUGGUGUGUUUUUUAGAAGGGGGUGGGAGGUUUUGUGCGUGGGAAGCUGUUAAUGAACUGUUAAUAAGGACUGUGAUGCUUUACUUUCAAAUAUAUGUGUUUAUCUUAAUCUUCAUUGAGAAGCAAAGUUCUCUAUGAAAAUAAAGGGCUUGCACAGUU